AUGUCAAGUAAGCUAAAACCUUUUUUGGAAAAUAUUAUUUCAAUUGAUCAAAGUGCUUUUGUUCCGAAAAGGUUAAUCACUGAUAAUGCCUUAGUAACUUUUGAGAUUUUCCACGCUAUGAAAAGAAGGGGUGAAGGAAAGGAUGGCACAAUUGCUUUGAAGCUUGAUAUGAGAAAAGCUUAUGAUAGGGUGGAGUGGAGCUUUAAGGAAAGAGUUAUGAUGAAGAUGGGUUUCUAUGAUGGUUGGGUUCGAAGAAUUCUAGAAUGCCUCUCAAGUGUCUCGUUUGCUUUCAAAAUUAAUGGGAAAAUUUCAGGGUCGGUUGUACCUUCUUGGGGCCUUUGCCGGGGGGAUCUGAUAUCUCCGUACCUUUUUCUCAUUGUUGCUGAUGCCUUUUCGACUUUGCUAUCAAAAGCGGCUAGUGAUAGACUAAUUCAUGGAGCGAGAAUUUGUAGGGGUGCCCCUAGAGUGUCACAUUUAUUUUUCGCCGAUGAUAGACUUCUUUUUGCUAAAGCUACUGUAAGUGAGUGCUCGAUGAUAGCAUCCGGUCAAAGUGUCAAUCUAACAAAAACAGACGUCGUAUUUAGCAAAAAUGUGAGUGAUUCUCGAAGUGUGGAGAAUGUGGGAAUUUUGGGGGUGAGAGAAGUGGAGAGACAUGAAAAUUAUUUAGGUUUACCAACGAUUAGUAGUAAAUCUAAGAAAGCUAUUUUUGCCAGUUUAAAAGAGAGAAUUUGGUGGAAAAUUCAAGGUUGGAAGGAGAAGCUUCUAUCUAGACCCGGGAAGGAAAUUCAAAUCAAGGCCAUAGCUCAGACCAGCAAUGUGGCGAAUGGAAGAGAUAAAAUUCAACAGCUUUUUCCCAAUGAGGUAUGUGCACUCAUUUUACAGAUUCCUCUAUCAACUAAUAUGCCAAAUGACAUGAGGUAUUGGGGUCAUACAAAGAAUGGUGUACAUAGUGUUAGAAUGGCAUAUUGGCUUGGAAAAUUAGGCGUGGCACAAACUGGAAACAUAGCUGGUAACUACAUUGAUCAGAGGGUAUGGCGGGUUACUUGGAGUGUUGGUGGUCCACCUAAAUUGGGGAACUUUGUUUAG